GUAUUCAGACGGCCAUGGCUACGAAGUCAUUGAGCGUCCUGGGUGACGCUGGAGCUGGAAAGAAGACUCUCGUUGGGAACCUCAUUUACAAGUGCGGACUGGAGCUGCCGCGAGUGGAAGAGCUGGAGGGCGAAGGCAUUCGACAAUACGCCGAAAUCGUAUUAUUCUAUCAGAGAAAGGGCUACAAGCAGUCUUUCCAUUCUCCAUCCGGGUCUUUCGUGGUCCAGACAAGUAGUGCAGCACCUGAUGUGGUGCUCUGGGUUGUAGAUGCCACUGAUGCAGGCAACUACACUACAUCAGCACAGAAACUUGCGACUUUACUGUCCAAUGGAACGCUACGUCCCCGGGAGAAAUUGCUCAUACUAGUUAACAAAAUGGACUUGGUUGGCUGGUCUCAGAAUGCCUUCGAAGACGUUGUACGUGGUUUUGGUGCAGUUGAUAUCAAGGAAGAGCAGUACGAUCCAAGUCAUUUCCAAGUACACACACGCACACAGAAAUGCUAAGUGUCUGUCAGCGCCUUUGUUCCCGUCUCCGCCUUACGGGACGAAAAUGUCCUUUCUUCGCCCCAGGAGCAUGGAUGGGUCAACAGCGCAUCUACCAGUGGCUCUGAGGCAGGAAAAGUAUCGGGACAACCUCUGUUAUAUCAGCUGGAGUAAGAAUAUAGUGAACGCAGAUUCGGGGCUGCGUAAUGGUGCAGGAUGGACUGGUCAGAUCGGAAGUUGGGGACGUAGAGAGAAACGCAUAGAGCAGACUGUCGAUCUCAGUCCGUUUCUAGGGGUCCCGUCGAAGCGUAGCGCUGCCUCUAGCUAUACGUUUCAGCAUCUUUCACACACCCCAAAGCAGAGCCAGCAGAGUGCAUCCGUAGCGGCAAUAUUGCGCUGUUGCGGUGCCGCUUCGUCGAAUUUUCUUGUCGGCCUGAGUCAACAGUCUGUUUGCUUAUUGGUGUUGAAAGAAGGCCUCUCGUCACGACCCCCUCGCCAUCACUUGC